AGAGUGAGAGAGUCAUAUAAAUUUAAGCAAAUUGUGUGUGUGUGUGUGUGUGUGCCAGUAUAAUUUUAACGAGAGACAAGAAACAAUUGUAUAGACCUAACAGGAACGCGAAAAUUAUAAAAGAAGAAAAAUUUAGAAAAUUUACUGCUGAAAUGGCUGAAGAAGGGAAAAAAAUUUCUUUUGGCUUCGCGAAAUCUAUAAAAAAACCAACAUUGGUGAAACAAGUGCCACAGGAAGAAAAAAAGGUAGAUUACAUCGAAUGCCUGGAUGAAAAAGCAAUUAAAGUGAUCGGGGAAGAAGAAAAGAAAGAAGAACCGCUUGUCAUCCCACUCUUGGGAUCUAAGACUUGGCAUGAUAGAAUUGUUAAUAAAAUAGAUGCUGACAUAUUUGAAUCUAAAAUAACUAAUGAGAAUCAUACGCAAACUAUUAAUAUUAAAGAAGAACCACAAGAAGUAUCGAAUGGGGAUUUAACAUUAGUUAAUAACAGUGUUUCAAAUGUACAAAUAAAAACAGAACUGUCUGUUGAAAACGAAAGUGAAGCCCUUACUUUGGAAGAACAGGCAGCUAAAGAAAUUAUAGAAGAUCUCAAAUCAACAGAUAAGAAGGACAGCAAAUUAAAGGAUCUUACUUUACCCUUAACUGAGGAACAGAAUUUAAGAGGUGUUGAAGAAAGUACAUUAGACGAUUAUGAGAAGAUUCCAGUAGAUGCUUUUGGUUUAGCUAUGUUACGUGGAAUGGGUUGGAAACCUGGCAAGGGGAUUGGUAAAAAUGAAAAAGUUGUAGCAACUGUUGUACCUGAAUUACGUCCAAAAGGAAUGGGACUUGGUGCAGAUAAAGUCACAUUGCAAAAACAGAAUGAGAAACCUCGAAAAGAAGAAGAAGAACUACGAAUGGAGAAGGGAAGUUUCAUUAAAAUUAUUGCUGGCAAACAGUCCAAUACAUAUGGUCAAAUUGAAGGCUUUGAUGAGGAUGCAGGAAGAUUAAUUGUAAAAAUGGCUCUAGGAGGAAAUACCAUUUCUGUGAAUGAGUGUAUGGUUCGAGCGGUAACAAAAGCGGAAUAUUUAAAAAAUUCCAAAGUUCUAAAUGCCACUAAAUAUGAGGAAUAUAAAAGUAAAGAGGGUACAAGUAAGAGGAAAUCUGCAUCACCAGCAUCUCAUAGCGGUGAUUCUGAUAUAUCUGACAAGACAAAAAAGCGUAAAGUGGACGAAGAUAGAUGUAAAUCAAAGAAAUCAAGCAAAACAUCAAAGAAUCGACGAAAAGACACAUCUGACAGUGACAGCGAUAAUGGCAGCAAGAGAAAAAGUAAAAAACGAAGGAGUUCCAGUAGUAGCGAUACAUAUAGAGCAAAAAAGGUUAAAAAGUCCAAGAAGCACAAAGAGAGAGAUAAGGAACGAGAACGGAGAAAGGAUAAAAGAUCAAAAUACUCUGAAUCUCCUGACAGGAGAAAAUCCAAGAAGCACAGAAGAUCUCGAUCGUCCAGUAGACGAUAAUAUAUAUAUAAGUUGCGAUAUGCUUUAUGUUUCGCAGUCAACAUCUUAUAUGAUAUUAUUUGUAUCUCUU